AUGGGGGCCAGGGCCAGCACUGAGGAAAAACACUCCAGGGAGCUGGAAAAGAAGCUGAAAGAGGAUGCUGAGAAGGAUGCUCGAACUGUGAAACUGCUGCUGCUGGGUGCUGGUGAGUCCGGGAAAAGCACCAUUGUCAAGCAGAUGAAGAUUAUCCAUCAGGAUGGUUAUUCGCUGGAAGAAUGCCUGGAGUUCAUUGCCAUCAUCUAUGGCAACACUCUGCAGUCCAUCCUGGCCAUUGUUCGGGCCAUGACCACUCUCAAUAUUCAGUACGGAGAUUCAGCCUGCCAGGAUGAUGCCCGGAAACUGAUGCACGUGGCAGAAACUAUCGAGGAGGGCACAAUGCCCAAGGAGAUGUCAGACAUCAUCCAGCGACUGUGGAAGGACUCAGGUAUUCAGGCCUGCUUUGAUCGAGCCUCCGAGUACCAGCUCAACGAUUCUGCUGGCUACUAUCUUUCAGACCUGGAGCGUCUGGUGACCCCAGGAUAUGUGCCCACUGAGCAGGACGUGUUGCGUUCCCGUGUCAAAACCACUGGCAUCAUCGAGAGGCAGUUCUCCUUCAAGGACCUCAACUUCAGAAUGUUCGAUGUCGGCGGGCAGCGCUCAGAGCGCAAAAAGUGGAUCCACUGCUUCGAGGGUGUUACCUGCAUCAUUUUCAUCGCUGCGCUGAGUGCUUACGACAUGGUGCUGGUGGAGGAUGAGGAAGUGAACCGAAUGCACGAGAGCCUGCACCUGUUCAACAGCAUCUGCAAUCAGCGGUACUUCGCCACCACGUCCAUCGUGCUGUUUCUCAACAAGAAGGACGUUUUCUCCGAGAAGAUAAAAAAGGCACACCUCACCAUCUGCUUCCCGGACUACGACGGGCCGAACACGUACGAGGACGCCGGCAACUACAUCAAAGUGCAGUUCCUCGAGCUUAACAUGCGACGCGACGUGAAGGAGAUCUAUUCACACAUGACAUGCGCCACAGACACACAGAACGUCAAGUUUGUCUUUGACGCUGUCACCGACAUAAUCAUCAAGGAGAACCUCAAAGACUGUGGUCUUUUCUGAGGUGCCUGAAUUCACGUGUGUCUCUUGCCCUGAGACCUUGUAGCCCUUGUAGUCCCCCCUAUAACUCCUGGGCCUCAACCUGCUGAUCCUCUAGCCACAGACCCAAAACCCUAAGAUUUGAGGUGCAGGCCCUUCCCUGUGUUCUGCCCUUCAUCACCUGGCUGCACUGGCCUCUUGGACCCACAGUAGCCAGCCUCAGCUAGGCCAUGGCAGGACUUGGGGCAGUUGGAGCUCACUAUGACUCAGCAGUGCCCGACUGACCUGUCUCCUGACACUCUUCUGCCACCCGGAGCACCAACUCAACUGAUGGGUCUGGGUUCAGAAGUCCUCCCUCCCCAGGUUUCAUAAAGGGCUUGAGGUAGCUUUCUCCCAAGCCCAACACUUGUCUACCCAGUCAGUGGUCAGUGAUUGUCCCCUCUAACAGCCUGAGGGAUCCAAAGUCCAAACCAGUUCUGGUCUAUGCAGCCUCACAUAGAUAAUUAGUGACUGGAGGUGGAUCUGGAAGCCACCUGGGUGCCAGAGAGAGGUGUAAGCUGAACCCUUCCCCAAAUACCAGGCUCAGGAUACCCUGCAUCCCUUCUCCCUCUGGAUCUCCCCACCUCCGUGUCCUUGGACCCUAGAUUUGCACUCCACUUCAUCUACCCCCACACAGUACUCAGGGCUGGAUGGCCAAGAGGAUGGUGUGUUGAAGGAGUGUACUGUUGACAUCAGCUAUGGCCAAUAGUCAAGCUGUCCUGAGGGGUGGCUAGGGCCAGAGUCCAGCUCCUAUCGAUCAGCUAUGGGCAGAGGAUUCAAGCAGAAGAUUCAGGAUAAGGUGGAGGCCCAGACUGUGCCCAAAGUCUAUCCUAGGUGAGGUUACAGGCAAUCCCACGUGGCCCUGUUGCCCUUGAAACAGCUUCUUUUACCCUGUCCAUUCAGGACCCAUUCCUUGGAAGGGAGAAUGAAAAAACAUGCCUGAACUUUUAGGGACAAAGGCUCAUUGCCCCCUCCUCCUUCUACUUUCUGCAUCAAGCACCAAGACUUUGCUUAUGCCUAAGGACCAGAACCGGUGCUACAGUUGGGGACAAGGAACUUCUGUCCCGCAAAGUUAGGACAUAAUCUGUACUUCCCUUAGCUGGACACACAGACUCAGCAAUAAACCUUUGCACCAGG